GUAUUCCACGCGGUUCCAACUCCACUCGCCGGUCGUGGUUGCUAAGGUACGCAAGCAAGAAAAAACGCAGCACCGCUCCGCACCGCUUCUCGGCCUUCCUCCAGUCACGGGCCGCAAUACCGCUCGCCACUCGCCCGCCGUGUGCACAGCGAAACCACAACGGUGUCGUCAUCCAUCGCGUGCUCGGCGUGUCGCGUUCGUAACUUGGUUAAAAGGUGUUGUUCCGGCCACCAGCGCGCCAGUCGCCGCUAGUCAGGUUUCGGCAUUCCGCGUGUACACGACGCGUGCACAUCCAUCUCUUGUCGUGCGUGCUACAUACCGCGUAGAAAGCGGAUCUUCGGUGCUUCAACAUCUCCACGAAGAAGAAGAAGUUCAACAGCACACCGGCAUCAUGCAGUACACGCAGGUGACGAUGCCCAACUACUCGUACAUCUUCAACUUCGAGUCGGAGUUCAAGCAUCAACACACACGAACAUGGAUGGAAACCAAUUGGACACUCGCCUUCUACUAUGUGGGUCUGUACAUGGUGCUUAUCUUCGGCGGGCAGCACUGGAUGCAAAGCCGUCCCCGGUUCGAGUUACGCGGCGUGCUCGUUUGCUGGAACACGGCGCUGGCGAGUUUUAGUCUAAUGGGAGCAAUGCGCACCGUGCCGGAGUUUAUCACGACCAUAACCCACCAUGGCCUCUACCAUUCGGUGUGCAUACCAUCAUUCAUCGAACAAGACAAGGUAUCUGGCUUCUGGACGUGGAUGUUUGUCCUGAGUAAAUUACCCGAAUUAGGCGACACGUUGUUCAUCGUGCUGCGCAAGCAGCCGUUGAUCUUCCUCCACUGGUACCAUCACAUCACCGUCCUGCUGUAUUCGUGGUUCAGCUACACGCAAUACACCUCCAGCGCGCGCUGGUUUAUUGUAAUGAAUUACUGCGUGCAUUCGGUGAUGUACUCGUAUUAUGCACUGCGCGCGAUGGGUUACAGCCCACCGCGGCAAUUCGCCAUGGUGAUUACCUCACUGCAGCUGCUGCAGAUGGUCGUCGGCUGCGCGGUGAAUCUAUGGGCGCGUCAACUCCUGCAGGCCGGCACUGAAUGCCACGUGUCGGACAUCAAUGUGAAGCUGUCAAUCGCGAUGUACUUCAGCUACUUCGUGCUCUUCGCACGCUUCUUCUACAAAGCAUACUUCUCCGGUGAUCGAAGGAAGAAGGCCAAGAAUGCGCCGGUGACAGCCGAAUAUCCGCUGCUCAAGUCAAAGGCGCAAUAAAUGCCCACGCAUUUAUAAUCGAAUCGAUUGCAAGCAAUUUUGUGAUUACGAUGCAUUUCGGUUUGCUCGGCGGGAUACGCGAAUAAUCGGCUGGUAACGACCCGCUGUUGUUGUAGUCAGGCAAACACUAAUCUAUUAUUUAUAAACUAGGAGGUAAACGGACACGCGGACGAAACAAACAAGACACAACAGACACACAUUUCUUGGGUGAUGGAAAGUUACCGCAUUGCAAACGUUGUUACUAGAGCGCGUUCGUAAUAUUUUAAGAGUUACUCUAGCUGUAAUCUGAAAUAUCAUUAAACUACUACUAAAAAUUAAGUACUAGGUACAAAAAAACCAAACACAAACUCACUCACUUUGAAUUCAUUUCAUUCGAGAAUUGAAAUUCCAGUGUGAUUGGAAAAGGAGCCGUGCGUUUAAUUGAAAGUCAACGCGUUAAUGCGUUCAAUAUGUAGGUUGUAAGUGAAAUGAGCGGCAGGAAACGCAAAACAGCAAGAGAAACAACCUUCAAAACCAUUCAAUUUUGAGAGCCGGGAAUGUACAUUUCUGAACUUGAACUUCAACUUGAUUCACAGUUAUUUCAAUAACUAUUAUUAACACACAAGAAGAAGCUCAUCUUGUCACAACAAGUUGUAGAAGGUUACUUAGUCAGUUAGCUCAAUGUAAAACCGAGAAAUAUUGGUAUAAGUGUAAUAAGUGUGUUGAUUAAUGAGUUUAAUUUAAUAAUUUCGAAAAGAAAGUGUUUUUUUGCGAGAAGGUUGUGUUACACUUAUACCGAGAAAUAAUUUUUAAGUAAAAUUGUAAAGUGGAACAUUCCUACAAAUACACUAUCUGCAACACACAUUUUCACGACACGAUUUGUCAAGUGUACAAUUUGCAUAGGGUAAUAAUUGAUUUUUGACUCGAGACAACAAACUAGGAGAAAUUGCGAGUCAACAAAAGUAUCUGUCAAACAGAUCAUGUACUAAAUAUGUAGUGAAACUAAAUGCAGAAAUGUGUGGCUUGAAAUAUGCAUUUUUUUAAAGUAAUACGAUGAUGAUGUGUACCUAAGUACGAGUAAUGUGGGGAUUACAAUAUUGUGAUGUAUUAAUUUUUAUUUAAUAUAAAUUUUGAAUUAUGUUUUCGUUA